UAUCCGGUGACGUCGGGGAGGCAGCCGCGUAUACGCUCCGAAGCGGUGGCAAAAAUUCGGAGACGAGCGGAGUUCGGCGGAGCCGUGGCAGGCUCGGCGGCGGCUGUGGACGGACACCGACGAAGACGCAGCAGUCUUCUGGAUUACUUCGAGCCCCGUAGAGCCCUGGCCGGCUCUGGUGCCAGCGCGGCAGCUAAGAUGGGCAACAAUGCCGCGACCGCUAACAAGAAGGUUGACGCCGCCGAGAGCGUCAAGGAGUUCCUCGACAAGGCGAAGAAGGAGUUCGAGGACAAGUGGAAGAAGAACCCGACCAACACCGCCGGACUGGACGACUUCGAGCGCAUCAAGACCCUCGGCACCGGCUCGUUCGGCCGUGUCAUGAUCGUCCAGCACAAACCCACCAAGGAGUACUACGCCAUGAAGAUACUCGACAAGCAGAAGGUGGUGAAGCUGAAGCAGGUCGAGCACACGCUCAACGAGAAGAGGAUACUGCAGGCGAUCAGUUUCCCGUUCCUGGUGUCGUUGCGCUUCCACUUCAAAGACAACUCUUACCUGUACAUGGUGUUGGAGUACGUUCCCGGCGGCGAGAUGUUCAGCCACCUGCGCAAGGUCGGCCGCUUCUCGGAGCCGCACUCGCGCUUCUACGCGGCGCAGAUCGUUCUCGCCUUCGAGUAUCUGCACUACCUCGACCUGAUCUACCGGGACCUCAAGCCGGAGAACCUGCUGAUAGACUCGCAGGGUUACCUCAAGGUCACCGACUUUGGCUUCGCCAAGAGGGUGCAGGGUAGAACGUGGACCCUGUGCGGUACGCCCGAGUACCUCGCGCCGGAGAUCAUCCUCAGCAAGGGCUACAACAAGGCGGUCGACUGGUGGGCCUUGGGCGUGCUCGUCUACGAGAUGGCCGCCGGUUACCCGCCCUUCUUCGCCGACCAACCGAUCCAGAUCUACGAGAAGAUCGUCAGCGGGAAGCCACGCUUCCCCUCGCACUUCGGCUCCGACCUGAAGGAUCUGCUACGCAACCUGCUGCAGGUGGACCUCACCAAGAGGUAUGGCAACCUCAAAGCGGGCGUCAACGACAUCAAGGGCCACAAGUGGUUCGCCAGCACCGAUUGGAUAGCCGUCUUCCAGAAAAAAAUAGAAGCGCCGUUCAUACCGCGCUGCAAGGGACCAGGCGACACCAGCAAUUUCGACGACUACGAGGAGGAGACUCUGAGGAUCUCGCUGACGGAGAAGUGCGCCAAGGAGUUCGCCGAGUUUUGAACGCGACAUCGGCGACAGCUCGCAUCAGGAGGUGGAUACAUGUGUCGUCGUCGUCGUCGUCGUUGCCAUCGUGGUCGUCGCGCGGCGACGCUCCUUCGUCAUCACCGUCGUCACGUUGGUGGUUCGCUUCUUUCGAGAGAGUAAGAGAGCGCGAGAGAGAGAAAGAGAGAGAGAUAGGGGCAUGCGUGUGAAUGUGUGUGUAUUCGCGCGCGCGCUCGUGUUACGCUGAAAGCUCUCCGUCGAGAACCGCGAAGCUUUCGCAGGCGAGUUUUCGAAAGGGGCCGAGUCUCGCUCGCGAGCGAGAUUUCUAGCGAAGGUUUUCUGUUAUCCGAGUGAUAGAGACAGUCGCGGGGUGUCGGUUCGGAAGGAUAUUCGAAUGGCACGUGGGCAAUUCGCGCGCGCUCCGUCGCGCGCGUCGUCUCGCGGAAUGAACUUCACCGCACACGCGUGUACGUGCGCGACUCAGGAGGUGAAUUCAAUUUGACGCGGAUGACGGGAACGUUUACAUACGCCGCGGCGUUGAACCUCCGAGAAUCACCGGAGUCGUCGUAAUUUUCGGUCUUGCCGGUCGCGUAUGUAGACGUCAACACGCCAGCAUCACACUUUUUACAUGGAGAAAUCUCUUUUUUUAGCCGGUUAAAUCGAUUCGUUAACGUAAUAAGAAACGGCUGUAUACUAUAUAUAUAUAUAUAUAUACAUAUAUACAUAUA